AUGACCUCGGGACUCUUAAGCGCCAACGGCGCCAGCAAGAAGCAUAAGGUGACGGUGAUAGGUUCUGGUAAUUGGGGUUCGACGAUUUCCAAGAUCGUUGCCCAGAACACCAAAGCUCACCCCGAGCUCUUUGAGGAGGAGGUACAAAUGUGGGUGUACGAAGAAGACGUCACGUACGACGACAAGCCACAAAAGCUCACCGAAGUGAUCAACACCCACCACGAGAACAUCAAGUACCUCCCCAACAUCAAGCUCCCCGAGAACCUACACGCAAACCCCUCCCUUGAAGACGCCGUCCAAGGCUCAUCCAUUCUCAUAUUUAACUUACCACAUCAAUUCAUCCACCGGAUCUGCGGGCAGCUCAAGGGCAAGAUCGUCCCCUUCGCUCGCGGCAUCUCCUGUAUAAAAGGCGUGAACGUCACCGAUGAAGGGGUCGCUCUGUUCUCGGAAUGGAUCGGCGAGGGCCUAGGGAUCUACUGCGGUGCGCUGUCGGGAGCGAACAUUGCGUCCGAAAUCGCGGCCGAGAAGUGGUCCGAGACCACGAUUGCGUACGACCCGCCACCAAUGGAUAGCUCGCGCAACCCAUCCCGCACCGCCACACCCCGCUCUACAACCCCCAACCGCGGCUCGCCCCGCGCCUCGGCCGAUGAGCUGAGCAUCACCCCCCUCGCUGACGUCCAGCACCGGGACGUCCGCGGCAGGAUCAGCAAGACCAAACUGACCCCCGUCCCGCCCGAGUACCCGCCGCUCGACCACGACACCUUCAAGACGCUCUUCCACCGCCCCUACUUCCACGUGCGCAUGGUCUCCGACGUCGCGGGCGUCUCUCUCGGCGGCGCCCUCAAGAACAUCGUCGCCCUCGCCGCCGGCUUCGUCGACGGCCGUGGCUGGGGCGACAACGCCAAAGCGGCCAUAAUGCGGGUCGGACUCCUCGAGAUGGUCAAGUUCGGGCACGAGUUCUUCGGCGAGACGAUCUCGACGGGCACCUUCACCGAGGAGAGCGCGGGCGUCGCCGACCUCAUCACGAGCUGCAGCGGCGGCCGCAACUUCCGCUGCGCAAGGAAGGCUGUCGAGAAGAACAUCUCCGUCCAGGAGGUCGAGCAGGCCGAGCUCAACGGCCAGAAGCUCCAGGGCACCAGCACCGCUGCGGAGGUCAACUCGUUCCUCAAGAAGAAGGGCCUCGAGCAGGAGUAUCCACUGUUCACUGCUGUUCAUAAUAUUCUCGAGGGGCGGCAUACUGUUGACGAUAUUCCUGACCUUGUCGCGAGAACUUGA